AUGUCGCGAGAGGGCUCUGAGCUAUCACACCAGGAACUCCUGGAUUUAGAAGGAACGUGCCCACUAAGCCAUGGCACCCCAGUAUUUUUUAUUUUCUGUGUUUCUCUGCUCUGUCACCGCAGUAAUUCAGGAGCGCAGAGGAUAAAUCAGGAAGCCCAGGACUUCAGGGACAACGGUCGGGACAGAGAAGAGAUCCAGCUGCAGGAUUUGGAAUCAAAAGUUGCGCUCUGGAGUUUCAGCAACCAGAGUCCUUUCUGGCAUUCCAGUGUCAUUGACAAGAACCUGGUGGAUGCCUAUGUGCCCUUCCUUCCAUUGGAGUUCAAGCAUGUGGUUCAGUGUGUCUUGGCCGAGAUGGAAUCCAGAGGCAGAAAGCAAGACCAGAAUGUGGCUAAACGCAUGGCACAAGACAUGAUGCCAACCAAUACAGGCUUUUUUUGCACAAAAGGCUGCAAGACCAUCUCCAAUCGGCUGGAUUACUACAUCUAGUACCCUCAGUGGAGGUGUUGACUGUAGAAAGUGACUUUUUUUUAGGUAAGGUGAUAUAGCCUAUUGCCUGUCUUUUCUUGUUUUUGUUGUUGUUGUUUUUUAAAGAAUUUUGAGGGGCCUUCAUGCCUUAAUUUUCAUAGGACAGUGUGAAAUGUGAAUUAUGUACAGUAUGUGUGUGUGAAUGCAGUGAAUAGUGAAGGUGCAUCUGCUUGAGAAAUACUGUAUGCUUUUGGUAAAUAAUCAGAUUCAUUACCUCAGUGUAUCACUUGAAAGGUGCACCACUGCACUACAUAAGCAAAUAACUGUGAAUAAAGUGUGUCUAUUUUCUAUCUUG